CAUCACCACGGCGGCAGCCCUUUAAACCCCUCACCCAGCCAGCGCCCAGUCCUGUCUGUCCAAGCCCAGGCACAGGUCUUCAUUCCUUCCUGCGAGCCCCGAGGAAGCCCUAUCCGGGGGCUGCAGCAUUCUGUACCUGUCACCCUCAGCCUUAACGCUUUGACCUGUUCUGUCUGUUCUGACCCUCCGAGACUGGAAGCUGGGGCUCUCCCCAGACAUGGCCAACAAGGGUCCUUCCUAUGGCAUGAGCCGCGAAGUGCAGUCCAAAAUUGAGAAGAAAUACGACGAGGAGCUGGAGGAGCGGCUGGUGGAGUGGAUUAUAGUGCAGUGUGGUCCAGAUGUGGGCCGCCCAGACCGUGGGCGCCUGGGCUUCCAGGUCUGGCUGAAGAAUGGCGUGAUUCUGAGCAAGCUGGUGAAUAGCCUGUACCCUGAUGGCUCCAAGCCAGUGAAGGUGCCUGAGAACCCACCCUCCAUGGUCUUCAAGCAGAUGGAGCAGGUGGCCCAGUUCCUGAAGGCAGCUGAGGACUAUGGGGUCACCAAGACUGACAUGUUCCAGACUGUUGACCUCUUUGAAGGCAAAGACAUGGCAGCAGUGCAGAGGACCCUGAUGGCUUUGGGCAGCUUGGCAGUGACCAAGAAUGAUGGGCACUACCGUGGAGAUCCCAACUGGUUUAUGAAGAAAGCGCAGGAGCAUAAGAGAGAAUUCACAGAGAGCCAGCUGCAGGAGGGAAAGCAUGUCAUUGGCCUUCAGAUGGGCAGCAACAGAGGGGCCUCCCAGGCCGGCAUGACAGGCUACGGACGACCUCGGCAGAUCAUCAGUUAGAGGGGAGAGGGCCAGCCCUGAGCCCUGCCCUCCUCCGGCUCCUUGGCUGCAGCCAUCCCGCUUAGCCUGCCUCACCCACACCCGUGUGGUACCUUCAGCCCUGGCCAAGCUUUGAGGCUCUGUCACUGAGCAAUGGUAACUGCACAUGGGCAGCUCCUUCCCCUUCCCCCGGCUCAACUUCCUAUCCCAAAGCAUCACUGCCCUGGCCCCUCCCUCCCAGCUGCCCCCACCACCCCUACUGUCUCGCCCCUGAGUAAAGCAGGGGAGAAACGGUCUGGGGGUAGCCUGGAUGUGGGUCAAGUCCACUGUCCUUGGCAGCAAAAGCCCAUUGAAGAAGAACCAGCCCAGCCUCCCCCAUCUUUUCCUGGAAUAUUUUUGGGGUUGGAACUCAAAAAGAAAAAAAAAAAAAUACAUCAAUCUUUUCUCAGG